AUGGAGAGAAGCCUGAGGAAUGUCCUUGUGGUCUCCUUUGGAUUCCUCCUCCUCUUCACAGCCUACGGAGGUCUGCAGAACCUGCAGAGCAGCCUCUACAGCGAGGACGGCAUGGGGGUGGCGACGCUCGGCACGCUCUACGGCGCUGUCCUCCUGUCCUCCAUGUUCCUUCCACCCAUCCUCAUCAAGAGAUGUGGCUGCAAGUGGACCAUUGUGGGCUCCAUGUGCUGCUACGUGGCCUUCUCCCUGGGCAACUUCUACGCCAGCUGGUUCACCUUGAUCCCCACCUCCAUCUUGCUGGGGCUGGGAGCGGCCCCCCUGUGGUCUGCUCAGUGCACCUACCUCACAGUCCUGGGGAACACGCAUGCACAGGAAGUGGGCAAGCUCGGCGAGGAYGUGGUGAACCAGUACUUCGGCAUCUUCUUCCUCAUCUUCCAGUCCUCUGGUGUGUGGGGCAACUUGAUCUCCUCUCUGGUGUUUGGGCAGACUCCCAYUCAAGAGGCCAUCCCAGAGGAGCACCUUGAGUCCUGUGGGGCCAACGACUGCCUGAUGGCCACAGCGCCCACCAACAGCACCCACCGCCCCUCCCAGGAGCUKAUCUACACACUGCUGGGCAUCUACACCGGGAUUGGCGUCCUGGCCAUCCUGCUGACAGCCGUGUUUCUGGAAGCCACAGAGGACAGUGGAUCCCAGAACGAGGCCGAGACGAAGCCGCCACGCCUUGGGUCCACCUUAUUGUCAACCUUCAAACUCUUCAGGGACAAGCGCCUGUGCCUCCUGACCCUGCUGCCCAUGUACAGUGGACUGCAGCAGGGGUUCCUCUCUGGGGAGUACACCAGGUCCUUYGUCACCUGCGUCCUGGGCAUCCAGUUCGUGGGCUACGUGAUGAUCUGCUUCUCGGCAUCCACCGCGCUCUGCUCUCUCUUGUUUGGGAGGCUSUCCCACUACACGGGCAGGAGGGCCAUCUACGUGCUGGGUGCAGCCACCCACCUCUCCUGCAUCGUGGCCCUCCUGCUGUGGCGUCCACGCUCCUCCCAGAUGGCAGUGUUCUUCCUGCUCCCCGGCCUGUGGGGCAUGGGGGACGCUGUCUGGCAGACGCAGAACAACGCUCUCUUUGGCACCCUGUUCGAGAGGAACAAGGAAGCGGCUUUCGCCAGUUAUCGCAUGUGGGAGGCCCUGGGCUUCGUCGCCGCCUUCGGCUACAGCUCCUUCCUCUGUGUCAGCGUCAAGCUCUACAUCCUGCUGGGCGUCCUGGYGGUGGCCAUGGUCUCCUACGGGACUGUGGAGUACCUGGAAUCCAGGAGCCCGGUCAAGACCCUCACGGCCACACAGACCAGCCAAGCAGUGGAGGAAGAGACGGGGACAGCCAUGUGACAGCAGUGGG